AGUAGCCCACGAACCAACGAACACCUUACAAUGCCCGAUUAGUUCUGAUAUUCUUUUUCCAAAAACUUUUCUUUCGAAUUCCAUUGUCGUCGACUUGAAAGCGGAACUCGUGUAUUACAUUACCAGCAAUAAUAAUGAGAAAAAGGAGGAAAAUCUCAAUUAGUGUGCACUCGAGAAAGUCCUAAAAGGAGCAGAAGACCAGGAGCUGAGGAGGAAAUUUGCAAAAAAGAUCAAUUUUCCAGCGAAACGGAAAGCCGGGGCGCACAUUUUAACAGGAUAAGAUGCGUUUAAGCAAAUGAACGGACAAAAAGGACAAAGGACGCGAGUCCUGGCCGGGCCCAUUGAAGUUGCAGCCGAAGAACAAAGCGAAAUGGUCAAGCCACAAAAGGCAAACGGUGCGGAGCAGCUGGCCAAGAUGUGAGCAGUAGAGAUUAGCCAGGAGGAAAAAGGAGCAGCAGAUCCUGAAUACAAUGCCAUUUGGCAGAAAGGAGGGUUAAAAGCGGAAGCAAGGUCUUAAGACUUUUACUCGCUACUCGAUUUAAAAAAUCUCAAAUUAAUCCCAUUUGGCGGAAAACAUAUUUAGUAGCCAGCCGGUAUCGAAAAGCAUGGCGAAUGGAAUAAAUGCCGCUGAAAUUCAGCUGGGUAUCCUGCAAAGAUGCGGCAUCCUGCUGCCAACUUUAGUACAAAUUUCAUGCUGGCUUUGGGAACAAAAUUGCGACUCUCUUAACUUGCCGACAGCGUUUGGGCAAGAACUGUUGACACAUUCAGCUGUCCUUUGAUGUCCUGGUGCUAAUAUGGUGAGCAGCAGGCAUCCCGAAAAACCGGACCAUCUCAAAAUUCACGCUGCGAGCAGAGAAAUCCCUUAACACUCCACAGAGAUUUGGCUGUCAUCGCAGAGUUUUGUCCUGCGGCGCUUUAGCCAGAGAAAGUUCCUUAGGUUCCUAUGCGAUGUGGGAACAUGUCUGUAUCUGGUGUCGUUUCAUCUGAAAUCUACUCCUCGGCUAAACACUUGACCCACAUCUUUGGGCACCGAACUACCCAUUUUCCUGCUCAAUCAAAUUGCGUAAUCGAUACUUUGCCCCAAAGGCAAACUCACGAUCGAUUGCUGAGAUACAAUGGCAGGGACAAAGGGAUUUUCUGCUACAUUAAGUUACGUAAAAAGAGGGAUCCCAAGGUAUUUCUUUAAAGGAUCUCUAGACAGAUGCUCAACUUAUGUGGGCUCAAUCAAUUGAAGAUCCUAGCUAUCCAAACGAAUCUCUAUCAACAUUGAAAUUUUUGAACUGGAAACCCCACACAAAAACAGACAAGCGGCAAAGGGAUAUUAAACAGAUUAUUACAAUUCACUGAGCUCACUUAAGCUCACUAGUUGGAAAGGGAACUAUAAAAUUAUAUUUUUAAUAAUCCCAAAUAUAUAGUCCACUUAUUAGAAUUAUGAAUGCAUUUGAAAAAACAUAGAAAAUAUUGUUUAUAACAUCCUUCAUUUUAUAAAUGAAUCAAUCAAUUUUGUAGCUAAAAUGUAAUUACAGAAACCGCUGCAAAAACUGUCACUAUAAUUUGAUUAUUAAAGUGCAUAGUCGGCAGCUUGCGAGUCCAAAUAAAAUAAAUAUUUUUAUUAAGAUAUUAAAAUAUAACUUCUCGUACAAUUUACCAUGGGUCGUCGCAAGUCCAAACGCAAAGGACCCCCAAGAAGAAAAAACAUUGUGCCGAUGCCCCUUCUUUUCGAUUGUCCUUUCUGCAAUCACAAGCAGGCAUGUGAAGUGAAAAUAGAUAAGGCGAAAAAACUGGGAAGAAUUGCCUGUAACGUGUGUCAGGAAUUGUUUCAAACCUCUGUAAACUAUCUUACAGAAGCCAUUGAUAUUUUCAACGAUUGGAUUGAUGCUUGCGAGGAGCAGAAUUAGCCAUUUACAUUUUUUAAUGCGCUUCAGAAUCUAUAUAUUCUUUUAAAAAUACGUAAAUACACUUUUCAAACAUGUGAAUUAAGGGUCAACCUUUAACACGCGACU